GGCGGUGUACCGCGAGGCGGACGUGUACCUGUUGGACGACCCGCUGUCUGCCGUGGACACGCACGUGGGGCGCCAUCUGUUCGACGAGUGCAUCAUGGGAUUCCUGGCCGGCAAGACGCGCGUGCUAGUCACCCACCAGCUGCAGUACCUCCAGGACGCCAACCGCAUCAUCUUGCUCCACAACGGUCAAGUGCAGAUGCAGGGCGAUUUCAACACGUUGACGGAGCAAGUGGACUACCAGUCGUUGAUCGGCGAGAACCACGACGAAGACGUGGGCGAGUCGGACGGCGAGGAGGACGCGGACAAGCAGAGCAGCAAGGACGCCGGCAGCGUGGGCAAGCGGGACAGCGUCACCAAGGUCGGCCGCCUCCUUCGGCGUAUUUCCUCCACGCG